UCAUACAUUCCGGAAGAAGCCUUUUGCUAGAGCCGGGGUGGUGUUUUCCGCCUUGCUGAAGAAAGUUGUGCAAAGGAGGGCUGCUGGUUUCUGUAUUCCGAGAAAAUGGACAGCCAGGGAAGGAAAGUGGUGGUUUGCGACAAUGGGACCGGGUUUGUGAAGUGUGGCUAUGCAGGCUCCAACUUCCCAGAGCACAUUUUCCCUGCAUUGGUUGGCAGGCCAAUCAUUCGCUCCACAGCUAAAGUGGGAAACAUUGAGAUCAAGGACCUGAUGGUGGGGGAUGAGGCGAGUGAGCUGCGCUCCAUGCUGGAGGUGAACUACCCCAUGGAGAACGGCAUCGUGAGGAACUGGGAUGACAUGAAGCACCUGUGGGACUACACCUUUGGUCCCGAGAAGCUCAACAUCGACUCGCGCAACUGCAAGAUCCUGCUCACCGAGCCUCCCAUGAACCCAACCAAGAACCGCGAGAAGAUCAUUGAGGUGAUGUUUGAGACGUACCAGUUCUCUGGGGUUUACAUAGCCAUCCAAGCUGUGCUCACACUCUAUGCUCAAGGUCUCCUGACGGGUGUGGUGGUGGACUCUGGUGACGGCGUCACCCACAUCUGCCCCGUGUACGAAGGCUUCUCCCUGCCCCACCUGACCAGACGCCUGGACAUUGCAGGAAGGGACAUCACACGCUACCUCAUCAAGCUGCUGUUGCUGAGGGGCUACGCCUUCAACCACUCGGCGGACUUUGAGACUGUGCGCAUGAUGAAGGAGAAGCUGUGCUACGUGGGCUACAACAUCGAGCAGGAGCAGAAGCUGGCGCUGGAGACCACCGUGCUGGUUGAGUCCUACACGCUCCCCGACGGGAGGAUGAUCAAGGUGGGAGGGGAGCGGUUCGAGGCCCCCGAGGCUCUGUUCCAACCCCACCUCAUCAACGUGGAGGGAGUCGGGGUGGCAGAGCUCCUCUUCAACACCAUCAAUGCAGCAGACAUCGACACCAGGUCUGAGUUCUACAAACACAUAGUGCUGUCGGGGGGCUCCACCAUGUACCCCGGCCUUCCCUCUCGACUGGAGCGUGAGCUCAAGCAGCUCUACCUGGAGCGCGUGCUGAAGGGAGACGUGGAUAAGCUCUCGAAAUUCAAGAUCCGCAUCGAGGACCCCCCUCGGCGCAAGCACAUGGUGUUCCUGGGCGGGGCCGUGCUGGCCGACAUCAUGAAGGACAAGGACAACUUCUGGCUGACGAGGGAGGAGUACCAGGAGAAGGGGAUGCGUGUCCUGGAGAAGCUAGGGGUCACCGUCAGAUAAACCCCCUCCAAGAUGCACAUGUCUGGGCUAAAUCUGAAAUGGCACCCUAUUCCCUUAGUGCACUAGCCUAUGGGGUCUGGUUAAAAGUAGUGCACUAUCUAGGGAAUAGGGUGCAAUUUGGGAUGCGGCCUUGGUCUUCUCUCCCGCCCUCCGUCUCCGCCACGUCCUCCACUUGAUAUCCAUCUAUCGCUCACCUCAUCUUCGCGACGCGGUCAUCUGUUUUUACCACCUGUCCCAGAUUCGCUCACUCACUCUCUCCAAGGGCAUGUUGGGACAGACUGAUGGGGUUAGGUGGGGUUGGGGAGGUGGGAGGAGAUAGAUGAGGUGCUUAACAACGCGUCUCCUGGGAAUAGUUUAAAUCAUGUUGCCCAACUUAUUCGGUCAAAACACGAUCCCAAUGGUGAAGUCAAUUAUUAUUAAGGAUUCAUUUUUGGGGGGGUGUUGGAUUCCCCUGUGUUGUGGGCACGGGGUACACAAGGGGCCCCCAUCAAAGGCAAGCUGCCCUUCUUAAAUCCACCCUUCUGCUUAUCUUCGUCUUUUGUCCAGUCUUAAUCAGCAGGGGGAUUGCUUGUUCCUCUUGAGACCCUCGUAACGAAUGGGUACACACUCUGUUUAUCCCUGAGGUUAAUUUAAGGUUGUUUUAACGUUGGGAGGUCCGGGGAUGAUGGUUGGUUAGAGGGCAGGUGGUUUUUGGGGCAUGUUUCUCCUUCUCACAGGGUCCACCUGCCCACUUGUCCGACUCCCAUAUCUAAACAGUCUGUUGUCGUAAGGGGGAUGUGAUGAUGACAAAAAUAAACGGUUGGCCUUCCCUCACGAUUUAAUUAAAGGCAUUUCAUUCCACUGAUGGCAAAAUAUUUGCCAUGCAUACAAUUCCAAUGAGGACUGCUCAGCCUUUUCUUUGAAGUCACGUUUUGCAUUCACAUUUAUUUUGCUGAUGCGCUUUCCUUUUGGAGGAGAAGAGGUUUUGCCUUUCGUUUUGUCAGACAUGUUAUUUGUACGUUUUUGUGUAUUUUCUUUUGCAGUGCAUUACUCACGUGUUUUCUCGUAAAGAGUGAGGACGUGUCGUCCUCAUCACGGCUGUUGGACUCACGAGUCAUCCGGUUUUUAAGGUCUGGGUUAGUUUGCCCUCCAACAACAGGUCUAGGAUAUCUAUCCCAGGCCUAUCCUUAACCAUUGUGAGCUCAACAAUACAUCAGACCUAGGACCAGUUGUUAAGCGCGUACUGAACCGUAACCUGUUUUAAAGAGGAAGUCACUCUGAGACCAGUAGGAACUCUAUAGUCUCAGCUCCAGUGAAGAUACAUUUUUUUUGAGAUCAGGUGUUAUUGGGGGUGGGGAUUUGUUGGGGGUGUUGAACAUUUGUAAUAUUAAUAACAAUUUGGGUGUCGGUAGACAUGGAGACCACAUAAAAGAUGGUAUUUAAGGUUUUCCUUUUUUUUGGUUUUCAUAUGUAUAUUGCAGGCACUUACACAAUUGUGUAUGUAUAAUUUUAUUUUUUGACAAAAGGUCAUCCAGUGCCAAGUGCUGUUAUUGUAGCUGGAUCUUAUUUUUGGUAGCUUUUUUUUUCUCUUUUUCUUUGUUUUUGUUCAUAGCAUAACUGCCUACCGCUGAUUUGAAAUAAAGCAACGUGAUUUAUAAAUA